AUAAUUUUAUCAUAUUAUAUAUAUAUAUAUAUAUAUAUAUAUAUUGCAAUCUCAUUUGUGUUAUCAAUUACAAGCGAAAACACGACAAUGUUUCCGCAAUUGACACUAAUUUUCCUUCUCUCUCUCACUGUAAUCUACCCCUUUCAUGUCUCGGCCAAGACAUGGUGUGUAGCAAACCCAUCAGCCGCAAGUACACAAUUACAAGCUAAUAUUGAUUGGCUAUGUAGUCAAGGAAAUCCUGGUUGUGUAUUAAUCGGUCCUGGUGGAUCUUGCUUUGAACCAAAUAAUGUUAUUAACCAUGCAUCAUUUGUGAUGAAUGAUUACUACCAGUUGCAGGGAAGCACUGAAGAGGCGUGUAAUUUUAGUGGUUCUGGUCGAAUCAUUGAUACUAAUCCAAGUUAUGCUCGUUGUGUGUAUUCGUAGAGAAUACAUGGUUUGAUGAUUUAUUUUGGGAUUGUAAAAUUUUCAUAUGAAUAAUAAUGUUAUGUGGGAUCAAUUGUAUUUUUAAAUGUUAUGUAAGGUCAAUAAAAUAACUAAAAAAUAUCUUUCAUUCA